CUCCCAGCCGUCCAUGGGGGCGGUGACCGCCCAGGGCCUUCCCACGGCUCGGCAGCGCGUCACCGCGGGGGCGAGGGGGCGCCGGGGCGCCCAGGGCUGCGGCGCAGGAAAGGGCCCUGGGAAAGGGCGGUGGCGGCGCACCCGGGGCGGGGCCGGGCAGGCCUGGGCGGGGCCCGAUUUGGCUACUCUGAGCCUGUGCGGUGGGGCUGAGACCCGGACAGUCGGAGAUCACCAUGAAGCCGCCCAGGGAGCCGAGCAGCUCGGACGGCGAGUCCGACGGACCCAUCGACGUGGGCCGCGAGGGCGAGCUGAGAUGGCCAGGCCACUGUCCACCCCCAACCCUUCGCAGAUGCAAGCCAGGAAGAAACGCAGAGGGAUCAUAGAGAAACAGCGCCGAGACCGUAUCAACAGCAGCCUUUCUGAAUUGCGGCGCUUGGUCCCCACUGCCUUUGAGAAACAGGGCUCGUCCAAGCUGGAGAAAGCUGAGGUGUUACAGAUGACAGUGGAUCACUUAAAAAUGCUCCAUGCCACUGGUGGGACAGGAUUCUUUGAUGCCCGAGCCCUGGCACUUGACUUCCGGAGCAUUGGUUUUCGGGAGUGCCUCACCGAGGUCAUCAGGUACCUGGGGGUCCUAGAAGGGCCCAGCAGCCGUGCAGACCCUGUCCGGAUUCGCCUUCUCUCCCACCUCAACAGUUAUGCAGCUGAGAUGGAGCCUUCGCCCACACCCACUGGCCCCCUGGCCUUCCCCGCUUGGCCCUGGUCUUUUUUUCAUAGCUGCCCGGGGCUGCCAGCCCUAAGCAGCCAGCUUGCCAUCCUGGGAAGAGUGCCUGGCCCUGUCCUUCCCGGCACAUCCUCUCCUGCUUACCCCAUCCCAGCCCUCCGAUCCACUCCCAUUCGCAGAGCUGCUGGUGCCAUCCUGCCAGCCCGGAGGAAUUUGCUGCCAGCUCGAGGAGCAUCUUCCACCCGGAGGGCCCGCCCCCCAGAGAGGCCAGCUGUCCCCAUGCCCUUGGCCCCCAGCAGCAGGGCUGCCAGGAGCAGCCACAUCACUUCCCUCCUACAGUCUUCCUCCCCCACUCCCCCUGGUGCCGUGGGACCUGCUGCUCAUGUGGCUGUCCCCAACCCCAGACCAUCCUCCCCAGGGCCAGCUGGUAGACCAGCAGGGGGCAUGCUAUACCACUCAUGGGUCUCUGAAAUCACUGAAAUCGGGGCUUUCUGAGCUGGCUCCUACCCCUACCCCCAGGAAUGAAGAGGUUCUUUUUCCAGAAGCUCUGAAAGUGGCACUACCUUUUUUCUAUUUUGCUUCACGGAUUGGCUUAUAUGUGAUGAGGGCACCUUCACCAUCAGCCAUCAGAAGCCCCCUUCUCCUCCUUCGGCCCUUCUCUCCUCCUCACUGUUCACACCAGCUUAUCCACCCAGCUCUCCUGGAACAAGCUUUGAUCUCAAAGGCUUGGUCCCAUCUCUCACCUGCACGGAUGAGUUCUGGAGUUGUACAUGUGGGGCAGCAGCAUGAGUCUUGGGUCUAGGAACGAAUGGUGCCAUGGCCUGAAGCAGGACAUUUCUGUGGAGGGGUCAGACCCCAGUAGGGAGCAAAGACGGAUUGGCUCCGCCUACCCAGGCUGAGGGGCUGAAACAGUGUCUGCCUCACUUCACUGAAACAGUAAUAGUAAUUACUGAAAUAGUAAUUGAGCAGGGGCCACAAAGAGGUCUCCUGGGGAAUCCUGUCUGCCCUGCCCACCUGUCUUUGGCCCGCCCCUCACACUGCGCCACAGGACAGACUCCUUCCUCACAACAGUGGGGCCUGCUCCCACCCUCUGCUCAGCUGCAGACUCCCCGACCACCACGAGCUGACUGGCAGGUUCCUGUGGACAUUUAGCCUGACAAGCCUGGCUGCGAGGCUUCUAGGCAGCAGCAAAGCUCUGUGACAGAGUGUCCCCCCACCCAGGCCUCAGACAGCUCUCACAGAUCCCAGCCAGAUUGGGCGAUGGAGCACCCAGCCCCUGCCUCUUGCCAUCACUGCACUCCACCGCUGGGUGCACAGUUUGGAGAGCCCAUAGCUCAUGCAGUGGUGCCCAGAGAGAAAUCCUCUUGGGAUUCGGCACCAGACGUCUGUGCCGCCUGGUUUGCAUCCAGCUUGCAGAGCCCAGGCUGCUGGAACAGCCAGGGGCUGGCAGGCUGGACAGAAAUAGCUGCGCAGAGGGGCAAGAGGAAGGACAACUCAAGGUGGCUCAGCCCUUCAAGGUCACACAGUGGGUUCAGGGCCUGAGAUCCUGUUCACCAGGAUUCCAUACAGCUGGUGCUGCUCAGAGGCCAUUUCAUUCCCUAGCUGCACCCCAGGCCACUUUCCUCCAACAGAGGAACAAAUGGUCCAGCGACCAUUCCCAGCAGAACAGCAGAGACUAGGCUGACAUCAGUGGGACCAGUGUUGUCACACUAAGUGAUAAAAUGCAGAAACACUUUUUUGCUUGUUGGUAAAUAUCUGCUCCACCUGUGGGAAUCCAAGUGCCCCCUCCC